ACACCAAAGCAGCGUGAACAAACCCAUCAGUCCAUAAAUCUGGAAUAUACAACACUGACAUUACCUCUGUUUCUAUCAUGGAAGGUCACGGGCUUCUCGGCGCUCUCAUCAUGCUCAUGGGCGACCGAUCUUGUGAAAGAGCCUGCGCUCGACGUCUUCUAGAGUUUGCAAAAAUGAGAUAUAAAGCUAUAAAGGACAGCAGGACGUAGUCAGGUUCGUAUCGAGUAGAUAUCCAGUUCUAUUCCAGUGUCUUUGUCUCGAUUGAUUUCACAGUAUUAGCUCUAUAUUCGCCACGAUGCCUGAUGUUCUAAUUGUUGGAUCCGGCCCAACAGGCCUUUGGCUCGCCCUGGAGCUUCGCUCCGCAGGGCUCGAAGUCACGAUUGUCGAGAAGAACGUGACGCGUGAUAUCCGUUCUCGAGCAGCCGCAAUGGCCGCCGGCAGUCUCGAAACGUUCGCGACACGUGGCAUAGAGCAGCGAUUCAUCGACGCUGGGAAGCCCAUUCAUUCUGUCCACUUCGGCUCUGCCCCAACCCGACUGCAGAUGUCACGAGAAACCCUGGGUGUCAAGAAUCCUCACUCGCUGAUGAUUCCACAGGCCGUGACAGAACAGCUCCUGAUAGAUAUCGCCAAGGAAAGAGGGAUCGAGUUCCUUUUUGGCCAUCGUGCAGUCGGCCUUGCUCAAGAUGCCAGCAGCGUUACACUUGAGAUCAAAGCCAAAGACGGGAAGAAAUCCGAGCUUACAGCCCCUUGGCUUGUUGGGUGCGACGGUACGAAGAGUGCAGUUCGGCAAUUGGCGAAUUUUGAGUACCUUGGUACCGAUGGCUUCCUCACUGGUUGGCUAGUAGACGCUCUCGUCACAGAUCCUCCUCCGCAUCCAAUAUCAGUUCACAAUGAAUCUGGAGCAUUCAUCAUGCAGCAUAUUGGAUACAAGGACUAUUACCGAGCCACCGGAAUACACACAGGUACAAUGGGACAACCGCUCAGUGCGGUACCGACACUGGACGAUGCCAAGAAAUUUGCAAUCCAGGCGGUGGGCAAAGACUUUGGGAUGCACUCCCCGCUCUGGACGUCUCGAUUCUCGAACACCACUCGCCUAGCAACAAACUUUCGCAGUGGUCGUAUUUUCGUCGCUGGGGAUGCCGCCCAUCAAUUCUUCCCUGCGGGUGGUCAGGGUGUUACGACCGGGUUGCAAGACGCUGCAAAUUUGGCCUGGAAACUUGCAGCUGUUGCCAACGGAAGGAUUACCGGCACGAAGGCGGAGGAGCUCCUGGACAGCUACAGCACAGAGCGGAGGUGCGCGUUAGAGCUUAUCAUCAAGAGUACGCUUGCGCAGACUGCACUGUUCAUCGCGGGUGCCGAGCCUUACGCCUCUCUGUCUGACGUCUUUUACGAGCUUCUCGCCCAUCCCGACUUGAACAAGAUGUGGGUGAGGCGCGUCACCGGGUUUGGCGACCGGUUCCCCGUUAAAGAAGAAGGUCAGGAUCCUCUACUCGGAGCGAGGGUAACUCAUCUAGAAAUCCAGGGCGGAUUCGAGGUUCUCCAUUCUUCCAUGGCUGUUGAUAAAUUCCUCCUAAUCGUGAGAGAUGCUAGCCUUGAGGGAGUUCUUCGCGAAUGUACCAGCCCUUGGGCUUCACACAUUAAGUACUUUGGGCCGAGUGACAACAUUAGCACCUUCGGCUCGCAAUGGGAUGGAGUUGAUGCAGCUCUAAUCCGACCCGAUGCUCGUGUCGCCUGGAUUUGGAGAUCUUCAUUUCCUAAAGAGCAACUCGGCGCUUCUGUCUCUAAAAUCCUUGGGGAUCUAUGUGAAGAGGUUUAGAUGGACAUUCAUGUUUCCUGCGCCGCAAUUUUAGUCAUACGGCUGACAGUGGGUCUCCUUGUACUAGGUAGUUCACAAUGUACGGGAUUGAGUGUCUAGGAUGUUAACAACUCCGACUCUAUACUACAGCAGAAUAGAGUCCUAGACUAUAACCUUGUGUAACCUUCCACGUCCGGGGGGAUCUGAAUUCUGAUUGGCUAUUGAUCGUGCUAUACUAAACCUUAACUCCAGGAAGGAGAUCCUUCAACCCUACCUAAUACUCCAUAUUUUUGAAUUUGCGCUGACUGUUUAGGGAGUUCAGGGGUAUUCGAUAAUUACACCACUUACAAAUAACAACAGUUGAUAGCUUCGCUGACUUGCAUGUAUCUCCUAUAAAAAAACCAUAUAUUCGCGCUAGUC